AUGAUUUCCAUAGCUUUCGUGACGCCCUUCAUGACCGAGUCAAGCCGAGGGAAUGCUUUCCCAUUGGUUCUUCUGGAUAUAGAGUUGGGUUAUGUGAUGUGCAAGCCGAUGUCGGCUACGACAGCCCAAGACGUUGCUGAGGUUAAUGAGGAACUGGUGUUCCAGAUCAUCGGAGCUUCUUCUGUGAUUCGGCAUGACCAAGACCCGUUUUUCAUACUCGACAACGUUCUACACUCUGAUAUCGUCCACAAGCAAACGGGCAAGAAGAAACGUAUGUGCAGACGGUCAUUCAAAGGGUUGGUAAAUUCGUGUCCGAGAUGGAACCGUCCGACUGGGGCGAUCACGCUGAACAACAGAUGUCCUGAACACUUCAUUUUGAUGCUACCCGCCUGGAUUCACCAUCCCACUUAG